CGCUGGCCCAGACCUAGGAACUGCUUGGGCUUGGGGGCAAGGAGUCGGGUCGCGGGUCUCCGGUGUCUCGGAGGUUGCCCGAGCUCUCCUAGCCUCCCGCCUUCGGAGGAGCCUACCCCGCGAGGGCGGGGCGAUGCAGGGGAACCGGCAGCCGAGGGUCCGCUCCGGGAACCAGCCUCAUCCCGCGCCCGCCAUGAAGCCGGCGGGCAGCGGGGCCUGGGCCCACAGCCGCGCCGCACUUGACCGGCUGGAGAAGCUGCUGCGCUGCUCACGCUGCACUAAUAUUCUGAGGGAGCCUGUGUGCUUAGGCGGAUGUGAGCACAUCUUCUGUAGUAAUUGUGUAAGUGACUGCAUUGGAAGUGGAUGUCCAGUGUGUUACACCCCAGCCUGGAUACAAGAUGUAAAGAUAAACAGACAGCUGGACAGCAUGAUCCAGCUCUGUAGUAAGCUUCGGAAUUUGCUGCACGGCACUGGUUUUUCAGAUUUGAAAGAAGAAACAUCUAGGAAAAGUUUUUUUAAUGAUGCACAAAAUAAAAAGAAUUCAAUAAAAAUGUGGUUUAGUCCUCGAAGUAAGAAAGUCAGAUAUACUGUGAAUAAACUUUCAGUGCAAACCCAGCCUUCUGUGAAAAAUGAUGAAAUUGCUCAGCAGACCUCCAUGUACGAAUUUGUCUCUACGACCCCUCCGGUGGAGGUUUCUGAGAGGCCUAAGAAGCCUUCCACAAAGUCUAGAAAAAAACAGAAAAAGAAAACUUUAGCUGAAGUCAACCAAAAAUGGAAUUUAGAGGCAGAAAAGAAAGAUGAUGACCUUGACUCCAAAAAAGAAAGUAAGGAAAAGCUGGUGUCCUUCUGUAGCCAACCAUCUGUGAUUGCUAACCUGCAGAUAAAUGGUGAAAUGGACUUACUAGCAAGUGGGUCCGUAACAGAAUCGGAAUGUUUCGGGGACUUGGCUGAAGUCUCUUUACCAUUGGCUGAGCAUAUAGAGUCUCCAGAAAUUGAGAGCAAGAAUGAAGUAGUGACUCCUGAGAAGACAGUCUCUGCAAACUAUCUUCCGUCCAAGAAGUCCUUGCCAUCAGGUUGUAAUGGGAAGCGUGGGCGUCACAACAGAGUUUCCAGUCCUGUUUCUAAGAGAUGCAGAAGCAACAGUCAGAACACUGGUGGAAACUCUGCUGAGCAAACAGUGCUGUCAGAAAACAUGCCAUCGCCUGGCUGUUCUUCACCACCUUCAAACAAAGUUGGUGACACGUUAAGGAGGAGAAGCAUUACUAUAUUGGAUGAAUCCAUUAGCCUUUCACCAGGUACGCCGCCUUCUUCACUGAACAGUCCCAGUUACAGACGAAUGAUGUGUAGUCCCUCAGCAACGAAGCUGUGGCCCGUUAGCCUUACAGCUGUGAAGAGAAAUCAUCGAGGAGAGACUUUGCUCCAUAUUGCUUCAAUUAAGGGCGACAUCCCUUCUGUUGAAUACCUCUUACAAAAUGGAAGCGACCCAAAUGUUAAAGACCAUGCUGGAUGGACACCAUUGCAUGAAGCCUGCAAUCACGGGCACCUGAAGGUGGUGGAAUUGCUGCUCCAGCACAAGGCGUUGGUGAACACCACUGGGUAUCAGAACGACUCACCCCUUCACGACGCGGUGAAGAACGGGCAUGUGGACAUUGUCAAGCUGCUGCUCGCCUAUGGAGCCUCCAGGGAGGCAGUCAACAUAUUUGGUCUGCGGCCUGUGGAUUAUGCAGACAGUAAAAAUAUGAAAUCGCUGUUGCUGCUGCCGGAGAAGAAGGAAUCAUCAUCAACCAGCCAUUGCUCAGUAGUAAACACUGGUCAGCGUCGGGAUGGGCCUCUUGCACUUAUAGGCAGUGGACUUUCUUCCGAACAACAGAAAAUGCUCAGUGAGCUUGCAGCGAUUCUUAAGGCUAAAAAAUGUGCUGAGUUUGACAGUACAGUAACUCAUGUCAUUGUUCCUGGUGAUACAGUUCAAAGCACCCUGAAAUAUAUGCUUGGAAUUCUCAGUGGAUGCUGGAUCCUAAAAUUUGAAUGGGUGAAAGCAUGUCUACAAAGCAAAGGAUAUGAACAGGAAGAAAAGUAUGAAAUUCCUGAAGGACCACAGAAAAGCAGGCUCAACAGAGAACAGCUGUUGCCAAAGCUGUUUGAUGGAUGUUACUUCUAUUUUGGGGGAACCUUCAAACACCAUCCAAAGGACAACCUUAUUAAGCUUGUCGCUGCCGGUGGGGGCCAGGUCCUCAUUAGAAAGCCCAAGCCAGACAGUGAUGUGACUCAAACCAUCAAUACAGUCGCGUACCAUGCCAAACCUGAUUCUGAUCAGCGCUUCUGCACACAAUAUAUCAUCUAUGAGGACUUGUCUAAUCAUCGCCCAGAAAGGGUUCGGCAGGGCAAAGUCUGGGUGGCUCCUUCCAGCUGGUUUAUAGAUUGUGUGAUGUCCUUUGAGUUGCUGCCUCUUGACAACUGAACUCACACAGUGUGAUAACCUAGUGAUUGCACUGUUUUCAUCAGUCACAUUUUUACAAAUACGUAGAUUCAUUCAUAUACUUUUUACCCUUGAAUUAAAAAAUAUAUAUAUAUUGUUUGCUAGAUUAGGAAUUCAUUCUAUAUUUACCAUUUAGAUGCUGAGUGCUGAGAUUGCUUUAAAGAAUUUUUCUUUUUAAAACUAGCAUAUGUGUUGAUUCAUCAUGUCUUUCUAUUCACAUUGUGCUCAGAUGCUCAGUCAUGUCCUACUCUUUGCAACCCUGUGGACUGUGCCCACCAGGCUCCUCUGUCCAUGGGAUUCUCCUCUCAAGAAUACUGGAGUGGGUUGCCAUCUUCCUCCUCCAGGGGAUCUUCCGGACCCAAGGAUAGAACCUGCAUCUCUUGCAUCUCCUGCAUCGGCAGGAAGAUUGUUUACCCCUAGCACAACCUGGGAAGUCAUUAUUCAUGCUAUCAGAUAUCAAAGAUUAAUGAGAUGGUAUCAGAACUGUUGGUUACAUCUACAAGUGGUAUCAUUGUGUCUCUCGCUUUUAAUGUUCUUUGAUGAAAAGAAAUCCACACCUGCCACCAGCAAAAAUAUUUGCCUUUGUUUAGUAAGUAGACAGUAUUGUCAAAUAAUUUAUUCUGGUUUUGUUAUAAUGAAAAUAGUUUACCUGGUCUAAAUGUGCCACCAUAGGUGUUAAAUUUCUUUUGCUUUCUACAGUUGUGUUUUAGUUGCUUAUAAUUUACUUGGAUACCUGUUCGUACAUUUUUAUCCCCCUUUUCUAAAAAGAAAAAAAGUCUUUUAAUCAGGAAAUCAUGAUUUGAAUCUUCACAUUACAGUUUUUUGGUGAAAAUCAACAUUGGGCUCAUGAUAUUUUAUUGUAUAUACUUGCUUAUUAAUAAUCAGCUUAUAACUGUGUUAGUAGUAUAUAUAUCUAUCUGUGUAGAACAUUUUCUCUAGCACAUUUUAAUUUCACUAUUUCUUAGGAAGUCUCACCAGACUAACAAAUUUUUAGUCAAAUAUAAGUGAAUUAGAAUACAGUCUUUCUGGCAGACCUUAACAUAUAUCCCUAACAUAAUUUUUUCAUAGGUCUUAAUUUCUUUCUUCAUAAAUUGUUUUUCAUGUUUAGGUUUCUUGGAGGGCAGAAGUUGGUAAUUACUUGAUUUUGAACAGAGUUUGUCCGGAUGAUACAAAAGGCUGUGACAAUAAGUUUAAUGGUAGCAAUGAAAAGGGCUCCCUUAUGAUUCCAGGACUGCCAAGGCCUCGAAGUAGUGGACAGGACCUCAUCUGAGAAUGGGGAGACCUGGGAAGGUUCCUGUGGUCUGAGUGUUCUUAUUUGUGAAUCAGCAAGGUAGAUUGGAUCAUUUAAAAACAUUUUUCUAAGAAGUAGAAUUCUUUAAUAAGUCUUUCUAGAAAUUUAAUGUACUUAUAAUAUUGAAAACACGGGAAGGGCGUUACUGUGAGACUUGCCAGCUUUGUCCCUUUUGGUAACCAUUAGGUUAGAAUAUGGAGAGUCUGAAGUUCAUGAACAUUUUAAGAUCCAUUUAUUUGAAGUUUGAAAUUUGGCUGAUUGUUUCAAAAUAAAGUUUACUUUAAUUUCUUCUUUGCAAUGUUAUUUUUCCAUAUCAAGAAAUGUAUUAUGUGAACACAAUAAAACUGCUGAUCCUGACCUUCACAGGGUGAAUUAGCUCUGAAACAUCCUCUUCAACCAGUAAUGUGUGUGUUUUGCAUUUCAUUCUAAUGGAGAAUGAUGAACAGCAUAGUUAGCACCAAGCAAUUCUGAGGGGUUAGACAAUGUCUGGAUUAAAUAAUUUAAGACUCACUGGGAUUUUGGUUGUCAUUUUUGAUUUAUAACUGACUUUUGGUUGCUUUCUAUUGCCUCAUUGGUCAUAUCCUAGACAAAUUUGUGUUUGUUUUCUCUGAUAUGAAUCCCUAUUUGUAAAAACACUUCUGAUAUUUACAUCUCGCUUUCCUUCAUUCAUUCUCUUGGUUUGUCCUCCCUCUUUGUCAUAUUUUGUGCCCCACUGUAAGCAUUUUUAUAUUUGGUUUCCUUAACUGUUUAUUUUGACAGCAGCUAAUUGAUGUUAAGCUCUUGAAAACUUGUGUUUUCUGUAUAGAUACACUUGUAAUUAUUUGCCUUUUUCAGUCAGAGAUUCAAGCUUCCUUCUUAAUUACCUGAACCGUUAAAGUUGUUUGUGCUUCCCUAUCUCUGUCCUUCUGUAGAAGGGGCUUAGUCUGCACUGUUGAAAAAUGAGGCUCAGUAAGACGUGUGAGGAAAUCUUUCAGCUGCCAAAAGCUUAAUCUUUUUGAGUACUAUAUUUCAAAUGUAUAUUAAGUACUUUAUUACUUAAAUAAAAUUUUUUGAAUAACAGUGUAAUGAUAAUUUGGAAUCAUCGUUAAGAGUGUCAUUUAUUACACAGUGAUUCCCUUGUGGUUCUUUUUUUUUUAAUUGAAAUUAAUUGACAGAGUAUUGUAUUAGUUUCAUGUGUGCAUCAUAGUGAUUCAAUACAUACAUUUUAAAUGGUAACCUUGUUAACUAGUUGCUGUUUAUCACCACAGUUAUUGCAAUAUUAUUGACUAUAUUUCCUAUGCUGCAUAUUACACCCAGUGACUUAAAUUUCUUUUAUAACUAGAAGUCUUUACUUCUUAAUCCCCUUCACUGAUUUUGCCUGACUCCCAACCCACCCACCCCUUUUCCUUCUGGCAACCAUUUCUGUAUCUGUGAGUCUUUUUCUGUUUUGUUUUUUAGAUUCCACAUAUAAGUGAAAUCAUAAAAUAAUUGUAUUUUUCUGUCUUAUUUCAUUUAGCAAAAUACCCUUUAGGUCCUUCCAUGUUGUCAUAAAUGACAAGAUUUUAUUCUUUUUUAUGGCUGAAUUUGUUAAUAUUGUAUAUUUACAUUGUACAUAUGUGUCACAUCUUUUUCCGUUAUCUAUUGAUGGGCACUUAGGUUCUGUAUCUUGGUUAUUGUAAAUAAUGCUGCAGUGAACAUUGGGGUGCAUAUAUAUUUUCAAGUUUAAUGUUUUUGUUUUCUUCA